AUCCUUCUUCCCCUCGACACCGCCCUUCGCAUCCUUAACUCAAGGUCGAGCUUGCUUGUCUGCGUCUGCACCUUGCACGCUAUAGACUUUCCCUUUUUGUACUCUUUUGUAAUAAACAACACGACGAGCUUGCCUCCCAGCGCCAUUAUCUUUCUCCCCAGACUCACAAACCCCUCACGUGCAAUUCUAGAGACCAAAUCUCAAUCAUGUCUACCCCCGUUGACGCCCCCAAGCCCGUAGAGGUUCCCGACGUCGGCACUGCUGGUACUGUUGAGCCUGCCCCCGCGCCUGUUGUUGCUAGCGACAACACUGCUGCGCCCGCAGAGGCUCCCGUGACCGACGAGGCUCCCAAGGUGGAGGGAGAGGCUGCUGCGCCCACAGAGGAGGUUGCCGAGACCAAGGAAGAGGACAAGGUGGUUACACCCAUCGAGAGCGGUGCUCUAGGCUACAAGGCGCCUGGUCUCAAGAACGCCUUCCGCUUCUCCAAGAAGUACUUCUGGCUAGGCGAGGAGCCUGUUCCCGCUGAGAACCUCCGUGAGUACCUCCGUGGCGAGAAGCCCGAGGUUGCCCACUCGGUUGCCGCGUGGUCCAGCCAGACCGGAAAGGGCCUUCUUUUCUUUGUCAAGCACGCAGACCACAAGGAGCACCCCGCUGGUGUGCUGAACUUGGCCUAUGCAACCGACCUCGCCAAAGACGGCGCUGUUGCCUUUGCUUUCAAGGUCUCAGGCCACAAGCACGCUUUCGAGGCACAGACAGCUGCCGAGCGCGACGGGUGGUUCGUCGCCAUCGAGAGGGCCAUCACCGAGGCCAAGGCGUCCAAGGACGGUAUUGAGACCAGCGACGCCUACAAGGAGGCCAAGGAGAAGAUCAGCAAGCCCGCCGCACUAGCGGGCGCUACUUCAUCCGCCCCCAAGAAGAGCAUGGACGCCGCGCCAAAGCUCGCAGAGGCCGAAUCGCCCGCCGCAGCUGAGGCCUCCGCCGCCCCUGCCCGUACUGGAUCUUCCUCCAGCUCUUCUUCCGACGAGGCCAAGGCCAAGAAGGCGAAGAACAAGUCCCGCUCCGUCUCGCGCGGUAAGCGUGCCAGCCUCUUCGGCGGACUCCUCGGCAAGAAGGACAAGGAGCACAAGGAGGAGAGCGAGGCCGUCAAGGACGACGCUGAGGCCAAGAAGGAGGAUGGCACCACCGCUCCUCAACUCGAUGAGGUCCCCACCAGUGCUCCCGUCAACGCCAACGACGUCGUGAAGCCCGCUGACGAGACCACCGAGCCCACUGCCGUGGUCGCUGCCCCCGAGGAUGCCGCCAAGGUUGACGAGACUCCUGCUCCCGUCGUCGCUCAGGAGAAGCCCAAGCCCACCAAGCGUGCUUCCAUCUUCGGCAACUUCGUCGAGAAGCUCAAGUCGCCCACCACUGAGAAGAAGGAGAGCGAGGCUGCUCUUGCGCCCGCCACCGUCAAGGAGACUGAGACCACCGAGGCUUCAAAGCCGCUUGAGGAGGCCGAGGUCGCUGCCCCGGUUGCCGCAGAAGGCGCUGCUACUGAGACCACCGAGACCAAGCCUGUUGCUGCUGUCAGCACUCCUGGAAAGGAGAAGGAGCACUUCAGCUUCGGCAAGCUUUUCGGAUCCAAGGACCGAGCCAAGUCGCCCGCUCCUGAAUCCAAGGUGGAUGCUGCUGCCCCCAAGAUCGAGGAUGCUUCAGCAACCCCCGCUGUAGCUGAGCCAGCGCCCGUCGAGGCUGCCCCCGUUGCUGCCGAGACUAAGCCUGAGGAGGCUACUCCUGCCACCGAGGCCCCCAAGGCUGACAAGCGCAAGUCCUUCUUCGGCAACCUUUCCCGCAGCCUUUCCAAAGCUACUGGCGGAAAGACGCAGCCCAAGGACAAGAAGGAUGCUGCCAGCCCCGCCCCCGUCGUUGAGGAGGAGACCACGGCCGCUCCCGUUGAGGAGAAGAAGGAAGAGACCGCUGUCCCCGCUGUAGGAGACGUCCCCGCUGAGAACAUCAGUGUGGGCGAUGCUUCGAAAAGCGCCAACCCGACUGUCGCUACAACUGCGUAA